GCGGCAGAUACAAAGUCAAGAACAUGUACAAUAGCAUCGAUUGAGCUCAGAUUUAUUCGCAGCGACUGCUGUGACUUGUAUAUAGAAUACUAUUAUUUCAUCUUCUCUAUUCUCCUCUAACAUGGCUCUUCUCUCCUCCAAGACGCUCAUUCAGGCACACGCCCUAUUUCUGUUUGUUCUGGCCGUGUACCUCACCAGAUCACCAAGCACAGUCACCGAAUCAGACAUUGUCUUCAUGAUAGGAGAAGUCCUACAGAUCGAUGCAGCCCCGUCUUUUUCCCGUCCUCAAUCCCCCUUCGCGCUAUGCGGCAUCCUCCUCAUCGCCGACGCCCUCGUCGACCUGAUCAUCGUCGCUAAAAUCCCCCGGGUCAACGAGCUCGUCGCCAUGGCCCAAGCGGCCAGAAGCCAAUCUGCCACACCCAUGUCCAGCGCGAUGCAAAACCCCUUCGCGGCGCGCCUCGCCGCCCUCUACUCGGAGAUCUGGACUUUGCUUUCCGCAGCCCGGUUCUGUCUGUUCUUUGCUGUCUCGUUCUUCAUCUACCAGAGUAAACCGGAUGCUUGGGGUGUGGGUGCGGGUGCCGCGCGCAAGACAGGCGGGUAUGGGUCGGUAGAGGUGACGUCUGGCUUGGACCAGCUGAAGAAUAGGGUUGUAUUUACGUAUGGGUUUAUGGAGAUGAUGUUCUGGCUUUGGAUUUUCAUCACUCUCCGCGAAGAGCGCCAGGAAAUAGCUGCUCGUUUCGUGGAACGAGAAGAAUAGACGGUGGUAUUCCGUUGUUCGGUUGAUGCGGAUUGGGUGCAGGCGUUGCACAUAAUCUACAGAGCACCAUAUACUGAAGAAUGACAAUGAAUUCUUCGAUUGCCCAGCAAUUAUGACAUAUUACAGCGAAAAUCCAGUUUGCGGACAAUUAAGCUAG